CUCUCCCAUCCUCUGUGCCCCCUUUGCCCUGCCUCUCUCCCCCAAAGCCCCGCUCCGAGGGGCUCAGAGUCCCCCUCCUCUGCCCCCAACCCGAGUCCCCGGCCACCCCCCAAAAAAGAGGGAUCAAGUGUGAGGUUUUUUUUUUUUGGAGGGGUGGGAGAGGUGGCCGCCCCCCCCGCCCCCCAGGGGUGGAGGUGGGCGAAGGGGCUUUGGGUGGUGGGGGGCGAUGGAGCAGCCGGAGGACAUGGCGUCGGUAAGCGAGUUUGACUCUUUGACUAGCAGCAUCCCGGCCACCAAGGUGGAGGUCACCGUGUCGUGCAGGAACCUGCUGGAUAAGGACACGUUCUCCAAGUCGGACCCAAUGUGUGUGAUGUACACUCAGGGGAUAGAGACCAAGCAGUGGCGGGAGUUUGGAAGAACCGAAGUUAUCGAUAACACCCUGAAUCCAGAUUUCGUCCGCAAAUUCAUCCUGGAUUAUUUCUUUGAGGAGAAGCAGAACCUGCGAUUUGACCUGUACGACGUUGACUCCAAGAGCCCGGACUUGUCUAAACACCAGGAUUUUUUGGGCCAGGUCUUCUGCACUCUGGGAGAGAUCGUGGGCUCCCCUGGGAGCCGGCUGGAGAAGCCCCUCGUGAUCGGAGCCUUCACUUUGAACUCCCGGACUGGCAAACCCAUCCCAUCUGUUUCAAACGGAGGGAUUCCAGGCAAGAAAUGUGGCAUUAUCAUCCUGUCAGCUGAGGAACUGGGCAACUGUAGGGACGUAGCCACGAUGCAGUUCUGUGCCAACAAGCUGGACAAGAAGGAUUUCUUCGGCAAAUCAGACCCCUUCCUGGUGUUUUACCGCAGCAAUGAGGACGGAACGUUCACCAUUUGCCACAAGACGGAGGUGGUGAAGAAUACGCUGAAUCCCGUGUGGCAGGCCUUCCCCAUCCCCGUCAGAGCGCUCUGCAACGGCGACUACGACCGGACCAUCAAGGUGGAGGUGUAUGACUGGGACCGGGAUGGCAGCCAUGACUUCAUUGGGGAGUUCACCACCAGCUACAGGGAGCUGGCCCGGGGCCAGAGCCAGUUCAACGUCUAUGAGGUGGUUAACCCGAAAAAGAAAAUGAAGAAAAAGAAGUACGUGAACUCUGGCACAGUGACACUGCUUUCCUUCUCGGUGGAGUCUGAAAGCACCUUCCUGGACUACAUCAAAGGAGGGACCCAGAUCAACUUUACAGUCGCCAUUGAUUUCACGGCCUCCAACGGGAAUCCUUCGCAGUCUACCUCCCUGCACUACAUGAAUCCAUAUCAGCUCAACGCCUAUGCCAUGGCCCUCAAGGCCGUGGGUGAGAUCAUCCAGGACUAUGACAGUGACAAGAUGUUCCCUGCACUGGGCUUCGGGGCUAAGAUUCCCCCGGAUGGCAAAGUGUCCCAUGAAUUCCCCCUGAAUGGGGAUGCUGAGAACCCAUCGUGCAGUGGAAUCGAGGGCAUCCUGGAGGCCUAUCACCGCAGCCUGCGCACUGUCCAGCUCUACGGCCCCACAAAUUUCGCCCCUGUGGUCGGCCAUGUGGCCCGGUAUGCUGCAGCCGUGCAGGAUGGCUCCCAGUACUACGUGCUGCUCAUCAUCACCGACGGAGUCAUCUCUGACAUGGCCCAGACCAAGGAAGCCAUCGUCAAUGCCGCCAAGCUCCCCAUGUCCAUCAUUAUCGUGGGAGUAGGGCAGGCUGAAUUUGAUGCCAUGGUGGAGCUGGACGGCGAUGAUAUCCGGAUCUCCUCCCGGGGGAAGCUGGCAGAGCGGGACAUUGUCCAGUUCGUGCCUUUCCGGGACUACAUCGACCGCACGGGCAACCACGUGCUGAGCAUGGCGCGGCUGGCCAAGGACGUCCUGGCGGAGAUCCCCGACCAGCUCAUCUCCUACAUGAAGGGGCGGGGGAUCCGGCCGGGCCCCGCAUCCCCCGGCCCCGCACAACCGCCUUCCCUGCACACGCAGAUCUGAGCCCUGAGCCCUGGGCCCGGGGUGCUGGGGAUGGGAGCAGGAAACCCAGGCUCCAGGGACCCAUCAACCCACCCUCUCUAUAUCCCAGGGCCCCAGGGGUAGCAGGACCCCAGGGCUGGAUUGCCGAAGAGCCUGGGGCAACUGGGGGAGGGUUAGAGUGAGGAAAUGUCCCCAAGAACAGGAGGAGGAGGAAGAGCCAGGGACUGAGCCUUGUCGGGAGUGCGCAGGGAUGCGACUGGAGGCUGAGGACAAUGGGGUCUGCAGCUCUGCCCCUGAGACAAUCUGGGGGACAGAGGGAGGGGAAGAGGGAGGGUGGGAGGAGGUGAGGGAGAGGGGAUCAGCAGUGGCUCUCGCUUCUGCUGAGAUAGGAGGUGCCAGAGGGCCUCGGGGGGUCUCUGGAUGGAUUAUCUUCUGAUGCCACAGUCUGCCAGGCUGCCCAGCUGCCAGGCCAGAGGGCAGAUCCUGGGGCAGGCGGGGAGAGGCCAGCGUGGAGCACGUCCAAGUUACAGGCAACCAACAGGGAGAGGGUGAAGGGAAACUUAGGGAUCUGGGGAGACCUUGGGGGACCCUGCCCCAGAUCCUUUCUUUGGACCCCUAAUAACCCAGGCCUGAUCCCACUCCUACCCCAAAUGGCUAAUUAACAGUCAGUCACACACACGCGGCCUCCCCCUUAGACGCACACAUACUCACCCACCACUUCCACACCCGGACACACACAUGCACUUACACAUAAAGUUAAGUACAGACACAUAUGUGCACACACAGCCAUCCACACCCUCAGACACACAUGAGAUCCAUCGAACAGAGGCACCCAUCUUCCCAGGCACAUGUGUACACCCAUAUAAACAACACGCACAGGCACUGCAGAGAGCUGCCUCCCCACCCACGUAGACACGAGCAUUCACCCAACACUCACAGCUCCUGAACACUCAAGACACACACCCACACAACCACAGGCCUCCCCAACCCACCAACAUCACUCUCUUGUGCCCAGAGUUCCCUGCUCUGGAAUGGGCAGUAACUCUGGGCAGUUUCAGCCCUGGCCUGUGUCCCAUUUUUCCACAGUCACUCAGUCCGGGGGCUCCGUCCCUCCAGGCGGGUCUUGGGGCUGCUUUGGCGUUACUCUGGCUAUGGAGGCAGGGAGGUGGUUCGACUCCAAGGGGCACCCCCAAACAUCCAGGUGCACCCCCAACCACCCUGGCUGUCUCUCCCUUCUUCCGAUGGGGCGGGAUGGCUCAGUUCCGGCUCUGGGCUCUGCCUCACCUUUUCAUCUGGGAAUUCAGGGGCACCUGCUGCCGAUCCUGAAGUGGGAUUGGCCCAAAGCUGCCCAGCGGAGGUGGGCAGAGCAGAGAUGGGUAGGACUCUGCAGUUCUGACAAUUGAACAGCCCGAGUUAAGGGUCAGGGAGAGUCUCGGGCUUGGAAGAGGCCCCAGAGGAGUUGGUUAGGAGCCUCCCUGCCCUCAGUCCAGCUGCGGCCUCUGUUGCUCUGAGGAGGGGUAGGAAGCAAGGAGGGUGGUUUGAGGUAGAGGGGCGAGGCCAUUGAAGAUCAUCUGUGGAAAUGAUCUGGGUUCUACAAUAUGUAUAACUUCCAAGCAGGAAUUACAGUAACAAAGAAAGCCCCACUCCCACCACCUGUGGAAAUAGGAGCUGAGCCAGGAGGUGGGAAAGAGCAGGGAAAAGGGGAGGCCACAGCGGCCGUGGCCACAGUUUCCGUAGAUGCCCCCUCCUGGGAAAGACCACUCCCUCGUUUGGCUUCCCCCCAGGCCUCGGCUGCCGAGGGAGAUCCUCUGGGUCUGAGCGGGUGCUUGGACUUGGGCUUGGAUGUGACUGCUGAGGAACUGUUUGGCCUGCAGCUGAAGCUGCUGGGGAGGGUGCCCUGACCAGCGGCUGGUUGCUACGGAUGUUGCCUGGCCCCAGGAUGAGGCUGCUUGGGGAGAAUGCCCAGCCUGAGAGAGGGUAUCCUGCCCAGGGGCAAGUUUGCUGAGGAGAAUGCCUUUCCUCGGGGUGAAGCUGCAGGGGAAGGUGCCCUGCCCCUGGGUGAGGCUACUUCAGGGCAUCCCCGGCCUAGGGGCUUGGCUGGCCGUGGGGAGUGUGUCCGGCCCCGGGAGCAUGGCUGCCGGGGCAGUGGUUCUGGGAACAGUUCUCCCCAGAUGGGUAGAUCGUCAAACCUGGAGCAAGUCUUCCCAUGGCUCCCACGCCUGGAGCUCACCCCCUGGGAUCCAGGGCUGGGGGAGUCUGAAGCUGAGGCUGGGGAGGGAUCCGGCCCCGGGCGAGCUGCCCAUCCUGCUCAAGUAGGGGCUGCGAUUGCCUUGGGCCAGGUCGCUCCAGCUCUCAGAAGUCACAGGCCAGAGUCACCCCCAGAAGUAGCGCCAGUCCACUCCCCGACUCGUCAUGUGGGAGCCCACUGGGGCGGCCAGCCCUAUUGUUACUGGGUGAUGCAUGCCAGUUCUGUCCUGUCGCAUGUGGCCGAGGGGCACUGAGGGGAGACGGACGGAGCCUCCCGGCCGGGGCCGACUCCAUGCCCCGGACCCCGGUGCCAUCGCCUGAGGCAGCUGGCCUGAACCAGGCUCCCCCUCCGCCCCCUGUUUUUUAUGUGCAUGAUGACGGCAUCUCACACUCCUGUCUUGUGCUGAGUGUCUGACGUGAGUUGCUCUGUCUUGGAUUUGCCUUAAAUUGAAAUAAACCCUGCCCUUUUACUA